AUGGAAACCAUCUUGUUCAAGCUCUCUCUUCUAAUCCUCAGUUCCCUCUGUCUCAAACUUGUCCGCUGCGAUGGAGCGGAUCGAAUCACUCCAACCCGUUCACUUUCCGGCGACCAAACGAUCGUCUCGGCAGGAGGAGUCUUCGAAUUGGGUUUCUUCAAGCCUGGGAAAUCAGGAAAUUACUGCGUAGGGAUUUGGUACAAGCAAGUUUCUCCAAGGACGGUAGUUUGGGUAGCAAACAGAAACAGUUACUCCCCUCUUCCCGACAGGUUCUCUGCCGAGCUCAAGAUUACCGAUUACGGAUACCUGGCUCUACACGACGGCUCAAAUCGAGAAAUUUGGUCCACCGGUAUGGUGGACAGGAAUUUCCGCUACGCAGAAGCUGUGCUUCUGGAUGAUGGAAAUCUCGUCCUAACGUCAAAUGGGUCUUCUCCAAUUUCCCCAAAUCAAUCGCUUUGGCAAAGCUUUGAUCACCCUGGAGAUACCUGGAUCCCCGGUGGCAAGAUUGGGUUCAACAAGGUUAAGGAGCAAGAUAUCUCUCUGACCUCGUGGCGAAACAGAGAAGACCCUGCUACAGGCCCCUUCUCACUCAAGCUGGGGCCAAACCGGUCACUCGAGCUCCGGAACAUGUACACGGCUUUCCGGGCGAGCGAAUCUUUCUCUGGGCGUGUUUCAGGCUCCAUUUCGGAGAUGAAAUUGAAGCUCAUGAGCCUUUCUUAUGUGGAUAAUAGGAAUGAGAGCUAUUUAACCUACUCUCAGUACAACAUCUCCCAGCUGGCUCAACUUGUGGAGGAACCUAAUGCCUUGAUUAAGCAGCUGUACGAGUCCGGGUACAAUGGCUCUUUGUUCUCACGGUAUGUUGUGGAUGUACGUGGGAAGCUUCAGCUGCUCGCCUGGCAGGAAUCCACCAAGCAAUGGCUAUUAGUUUGGUCGCAUCCUAGAUCCCAAUGUCAAGUCGAUGGUUAUUGUGGUCCGUAUGGGAGCUGUAUGGGGGAAUCCAGUCGUUCCCCCUGUCAAUGUUUGACAGGGUUUGUUCCCUUAUCUCAGGUUGAGUACAGUUCUGAGGUCUUUUACCGUGGCUGCUAUAGAAGCUCGCCACUUGAGUGCAGGAAACCUGAUUGGUUCUUGCCUAAUUACAAUGUGAAAUUGCCUGAUAAACCUGAGACGGCAGUUGCUGGAAGUCCAAAGGAUUGCGAGGCGGCUUGUUUGAGAUCUUGUAGCUGUACAGCUUAUUCCCACAGUGGAGACCAAUGCUUCACUUGGUAUGGGGUUCUCAUGAAUUUGCAGCAGGAUGUCCCAGGUGGGCAAACGAUCUUCAUUAAACUUGCAGGUUCCGAUUCUAAAUUCCCAAGUUCGGAGAACAAGAAAAGGGUUAUCAUUGGUUGCGUGGUGGGUUCAGUGAUUGUGUUGUUGGCAAUUACUGUAUCUGUAGUAAUCGUUAGAUUGAGAAAGAAGAGAAAGGCUGAACCUGGAAAGGUAAUGGAAGGGUCUUCAGUUGCUUUUACCCAGAAAGAGUUAAAGAUUGCUACAAGGAAUUUCACGGAGAAGUUGGGAGAAGGAGGGUUUGGUUCUGUUUACAAAGGGACACUGCCUGAUUCCAGUGUUGUAGCAGUGAAGAAGCUGGACGGCGUCAGCUUCAGCCAAGGUGACAUGCAUAAGCAAUUCCUUGCAGAAGUCAGGACCCUUGGUACCAUCCAACAUAUCAAUCUGGUUGGUUUGAGAGGUUUUGCUAGUGAUCCUACUAGAAUGCUUUUAGUCUAUGACUAUAUGCCCAAUGGUUCGUUAGCUUCCCAUCUGUUCACGGAAGAAGAUGCAAAGACUUUAGAAUGGAAGACACGGUACAACAUCGCACUAGGAACGGCCAGAGGGUUAGGUUACCUACAUGAGAAGUGCAGGGAAUGCAUAAUCCAUUGCGACAUCAAGCCAGAUAACAUACUUCUAGACUCUGAAUUCAUACCCAAAGUGGCGGAUUUCGGCAUGGCAAAGCUCUUCGGGAGGGACUUCAGCAGGGUUCUGACAACAUUUAGGGGAACAAUAGGAUACCUAGCACCUGAGUGGCUUUCAGGGGAGGCCAUUACAGCCAAGGCUGAUGUUUACAGCUACGGGAUGAUGCUUUUUGAGCUAGUAUCAGGAAGGAGAAACUCACAACAUACAAGUACAGGUCAUUACUUUCCAACUUGGGUAGCAACUGUUGUAAAUGAAGGCGGGAACGUGCUAGAUCUAUUGGACCCUAGAUUGAAUGGGAAUGCUGAUAUUGAAGAGGUGGGAAGAGUUUGCAGAGUUGCUCUAUGGUGCAUCCAGGGUGACGAAAGUCACAGGCUGACAAUGGGCCAGGUCGUGUAUGUUCUUGAGAAGAUUUUGGAAGUGAACAUUCCUCCGAUUCCAAGAAUUCUCCAGACAUUUACUGAUCUAGAUUCUAAUGGCCAACAAUUCUGGAUUUCUCGGUAG